GCACAUGGCACAAAACUAGUACAGCUCCAGCUUCCCUGCAUGCGAGCGCUUACAAGACAGCUGAACAACAGACAAAGAAUCGCAUGUAUCCUUUCCAACAUCCGAUCACAUUAUAGUCGGUAGGAAGGAGUUUGAGCCGUAGUUAAACCAUUCAAACAUGCAGCCCCCUCUCGCUUCUUCGGUGCCGCAGUGAUGGUGGACUAUGGGCAUAUUCACGAAUGCGGCUCUCCUCUGGCACUUGGAGCGGCGUGACCAUCGCACGUCCCACUGACUCACGGAUCUGAGCAGAUGUCUGGUCCAGCACCGACACCGGGCCACCUCCUCUGCAAACACAAAUGGCUGGUCGCGUAGAGGGAACCUGGAGAGAUCUGCACAGAUUGAGCCUCCUGAGAGAGAGGAGGAGAAGAUGCUCGUGCACACAUGCGUCUGGAGGGAUGCGGGGCACUAAACUCUCAUCUUUAGCAAUAUUUCUACUUUUGUUCCACGGCGCGCAGGCUUACGACGAUGACUUGAGUCAUGAAGCCUCUGGAUCAUUUCUGGAUGCGUCCACCUCACCUUCUUCAACCCAUUUGUUUGGCGGCUUCCAUAUGACAGACAGGAAUCCAGCUUCUGUAGUCCAAUCAGAUCCCACAGGCUCAUCAAAGAGUAGCAGAGAACAACCUGCAUUUUCCUCUGUACUCACAUUACUUGCCAGCACGGCCCAAAAGCCUCCUAAACUCUUGUCAAAAGUUGUUGCACAUGACAAUGAAACACAUCAAUGGCCUUCAAAUGGAUCUUUGGAACGAGUGGAGCCAUUUACUCUUCCAUCGCCUGUGCUGGUCAGCAACCAAUCCAAUAACUCAGAGUUUGAGUGGAUAUCUGAGCUGGUGGUAACAGCAGCUACAUCCAGAGCUACAGACACCGAUUCUAGCAGAUUGAUUUCACCUGAACAGAGAAGCACUGCACCCAAUAAAUCUUCAGCUACAGCUGCGGACAGACAACGAGAAAGACUAGAAAUUUCAACCACUAUUUUAUCUCAACCUACAAUAUUUAACAGCAAUACUGUUACCACAACCAGCAUCCCCAUUACAUCAACCACAAACCAGAUUAGCACUACCCAAUCAUCUGCUGCUAAACGACACUCCAAAACACCUAGAACAACUAUAAGAACUACAACUACAGAAUCUCCAAAGACAACACCUAGGCUCCUGCCUGACUUCACCUCACAGAAUGCUAAGUUGGACCCUUCAAAAAGCACUUUAGGAUCUCCAAGAGCUGCUGCUACCGAGGCCUCGAUGCUAAGAUGUAACAUCACUGACAAGAUGUGGAUAAAAACAGUGUUGUCUGUACAGUUACGGAGGAGUCGUCUAGACAGUAUUUUGAAGCAGAAUCUCCCUCGAGGGUUUACUCAAGCUCUGAAGAAGGCCUUGAAUGACAGUAUGGUUCAAGCUAAGAUUGAGAGCAUCUCUAGUGUACCUAAUGUGACGGUCGGUUACUAUGUGACCCAUGGAGAGAUGGUGUACACUGCAUCUGUGGUGGUGGAAGCUCUAAGUGUCUAUGGUAUUGAGAGAUUGAUGGCGGACAUCCGUCAGUUUGUGCCCUUGGUGCAGGCGAUUCCCAUCCCAGCAGUCCCCUGGAGACCCAGCCCUGCCAUCUCGAUGAUGCUGAAGACGGUUCUGAGGUUUGUAGGACCAGGAGAUGACCUCAGAUCCUGCAGAUUUACUCAGAUGAUGGAGCAGAGACUGGAGAAUGCUUUUGCUGAAGCGGAAGCCAUAGUGAUGAACUCCCAAAGUGGUCUCACUGUACAGAUCUUGAGCACUUCGCAAUCUAUGGGUUCUCCUGCCGUAUCUCUGAUAUAUGUGGUGCAUAAUGGCAGUGUCACUCUCAAUGGCACAACUGCCAGUAACCUUCUCAGCCAACUGACUGCCGAGCUUGUCGGCUACUUCCUGUUUUACCCUCCACUAAUCACAGCUGAGCCUCUGGAAUACCACAACCUUAACACAUCUGUAGCAACCAGGGCAUUUUGGAUAAUCACAGUGAUUCAGGAUGUUGAAAACUCCUCUCUGGAAGGGCAGUACCAGAGUUUUGCCAGUCUGAUGGAGGAGCGGUUGGCUGAGCUCUUCAUGGUGGCCCACCAGCAAGGCGUUCGCUUUAAGCGGGCAACAACAGUGGGCACUUACACUGUGCAGAUGGUUAGUAUCAGGCGCGUGCAUGGGCCAAAAAACCCCGCUGAGAUGACCUACUAUGUCCAGCAAAACGGGACCCCACUGCUUGGCACAUCUGCAGCCAAGCUUCUGAACACAGUGGACUCGCAGACCAUGGCGCUCACGCUGGGAUACUUUGUCCAACUGCAGGCUGAAGCCGUAGUGAAGAACCCACCCAACAACCUGUGGAUCAUCGCUGCAGUGCUAGCACCCAUCGGUGUGGUGACCCUCAUCAUCAUCAUCAUCACCACUGUGCUGUGUCACAAAAACAAGAGCGAUUUCAAAAGCGAUCCCAUUGCAAACUUCAACCCUCGAGUCAAGACUGCUUACUGGAGAGACGUGGGUUAUUACCCUCAGGCAGCAGUGUCAGGCCAGUGGUUUUACGGAUAUGGGUCAAGAUCAAAGCUAACGACAGCAGAGCCUGUUCAGGGGUUUGACUAUGCCAAGCAGCACCUGGGUCAGCAGGGUGGUGAUGAGGAGACCCUCCCAGUUACCCAGGAGACCAUGGUUCUGCCCCACCCCAUUCGAGAUGCCCCCCUGUCCCUAGACAAACCUUCACGCCAAGACGGAUCCACUUCCAAGAAGAGCCUGAACAGUGAGAUAAGGAAAAGUAGGUUGCCGAGCGAGAACGGUUCCGUCAUCAGCAGCGAAUCAGUGAAAGAGGUCUCGGGAAAGGGCUUGAAUGUGCAAAAAGCCACAGCACAGCAGAAACUCACGAAGGAGGAGACGAGGAAGAGCAAUGAGCAUUAUGAUAGCUCCUCGGGAUCACUUCAGCUUAUUUCUAUAAAACCGAUGGCGGCUCCACCCACCUACUCGCACCCUGCAUCCUCCGACCGCAGUCAGGACUCUGCUGUAUUCAACGGAGAGGUGAAUCUGGCUCUGAAACAGAAGUCAGACAUUGAGCACUACAGGAAUAAGCUUAGACUGAAGGCCAAGAAGAAGGGAUACUAUGACUUCCCUUCUGCUGAGGGGAAAGGUAGCACUAAAGACCUGAGUCAGCGACACAAAUACAGCCAUGACAGGCUUCCACACCCACACAGCAGAGCUCAGGAACAGGAAGACGACAGGGGCUCCACGUACGUGAAGUAUCGCAGGAGACCCUCUCAGGUGAGUCAACCCACAAAUCGCAGCAGACAGUCUCUAAACAGUCCUGGAGGAACAGAGAUGGAUCUUCUGGUCAUGAGAGAGAGACCCAGAAAGGGGAUCCGUAACAGUGGCUAUGAUACUGAGCCAGAGAUUAUUGAAGAGACUGACGUUGACCGACUGGCAGGGCGCCAUUAUUUUGGCUGUGGUCGACAAAUCAAAGGUCAAUCUGAGACAUCGACGCUGAGUUCUCAGCCUUCCAUAGAUGAGGUUCGUCAGCAGAUGCAUCUGCUGCUAGAAGAAGCCUUUAGUCUAGCUUCAACUGGCCACACCACUUCCAGCAGACACCAUCACUCUCACCAUCAGCAUCCACCACUGGGUCCUUAUGGUUUGGGUCCAGUCAUCCCGUACUCAGAGGUGGUGACCAGUGCACCGGGCACCACAAGUCAAGGGCAGGGAGGCCUGCAGUGGGUGCCAGCCUAUAGACCAGACCCUUACCAGUGCAGCCUGGCCAAACAGGCAUUCAGGUUCACUCAGCUUCCUGAAAUGGCUCUUGGGUCUUCUCCACCCCCUGUCCCACCGAGAACAGGCCCUCCUCCCGAGGCAUCACUGCAACGGUCAUCGUCUGAUCUCGGUCCGAAGGGUCAUUGCUCCGAGUCGUCAGUGCCGAGUCAGCAUGACAGCGUCCCCUACAAGCCAAAAGGCAGAGCACCACUCCCACCUGUCACUACUGAGCCCAUUCCCAACCACUCAGGAAACCCCAUGACAGCGGUGUACGCCAUCCCAGCAGCUCGCCCGGGAUACACGGGAUAUUUCAUCUCUACACCACCCUCCUCUUACCACAGCCCAUCCUGGAUGUCUUACCCCCCUGAACCCGAGGAUGUGCCUCCUCAGUGGGCUGAAUCUAUGCCCCUGCCAGGCUACGCAGAGGCCUUUCCUCACCCUCAUUAUCCUCAGGGCAGCCCUCUCCUGUGGCACCACCGCCAGGCCGCUCAGGGUGGUCCGGACAAUCCACCCUCCUCCUCUACAGCAGUGUCCCAGCAGAGUCUGGCAGAGCCCAGAGAUCCGAUCAGCCCCGAUAACCCCCUCAGUAGCCUUUCCACUUCAGCUCUAGUCAAAGCCAUCCGUGAUGAGGUGGCCAAACUGGCCAAGAAGCAAGCAGAUAUGUUUGAGUUCCAGGUGUAGAACUUUCCAGUGAAUUCAUGGAGCAGCUGCUCUGAGACUUAUACGAUUACGACUUCUGAUUUCACCGGAUUAACUCAUAUUUCACCUCAUAUUCAGUGAAACACCUCUCUGCUUUUAAUACAGUUUUUGCGUGGUUAUUUUUGCCAUUGUACUAUAGCAUUAAUAUGUAAUUAAACCUUUUCUUUAUUGUAGUAAAAUAUCAAUAUGUAUUUAAAGUUUUUAUUUAAUGGGACAAUACUGAAAUCUUUUCUCGUUUUGGCUGUGUUGUAUUUUAUAAAACCUGGCAUGGUAAUUAAAAGGAUAGUUCAACCUAAAAAUUCAAAUUCUGGCAUUAAUUACACAAUGUCAUGUUGUUCAAAACUCAUAAGGAAACAUAAAUGAAGAUGGUUUUUUUUUUAUAUUCUCUUUCAUCCAUCCAUUGAACGUCCAGUCAACCAAAACCGUCAAGCUUCGAAAACACUUUUAAGCGAGAUUAAUUCGAGAAUCAAUCGAGUACUGUACGUUUGGCUUAAAUGAUGAGAGAAUAUCAUCUUCAUUUGUGUUCCAAAGACAAGCUAAAUUCCUGGCUUUGGAACAAUGUGAAGAUUGGCAGACUGGACUAUCCCUUUAAAGCAAAGACAAACUGAACAUUCGUAAACAACUAACAGUCAUUUCCAAAGCUCAAGAAGGCAAGAAGGAGCAUGUUGUCACAACUGGGUGCAAUUUAUAAUAAAAUUAAAUUCCUACCAGUAAAUUCACACAUGAUUUUGUGCCUGCAGUAGCUCUGAGAUGUCAAAACUUUUAUCUACUUAUUUGUUAACUGAAGGUGAUGUUACAAGUUGGAAAUCUGAAAAGUUGAAAAAUCUUUGUGAGGCCGUCAGUCAGGGUGAACUAGAACGGUUUAACACAAUAUAUAGAGCAGUCCCGCAUCGAUGCUGGCUACAGGACCUACCCAGAAACCUUAGUGGCCCUCGCAGUCUUGUUUUCAUUUGUGUUGAAUUAAAAAUGUCUUCUACCCUGACUGAGGCCUAUGGCAGCAAUCUUUUUAACUUUUAAAGUGCUUAAUUCAUUUGCAUAAUCAACAAAAGUAGUGUGUUAUGGUUUAUUAGCUUGAGAUAUGACAAUAUACCCUGUACAAUUGUUCUGUUAAAGGUGCUAAUUAUAGGUGUACUGCUUCAUCAUUGGUGGAAUGAAAUAUAAAAGAGCUUUAUGAUGAUCAUAUGAUUGAGUCACAUGUUUUUUUUUAUUAUUAUUUUGACGCACAUGUUUUGUAUCCAAAACUGUAUCCAUACUCCAACUUUGAUUAAUUUGAGUUAUGUAUGCAUAAAUCUAAAUUCCGCAAUUUGAUUUGACUAUGUAUGACCUGCCCUUUACUCAAGAUUUGUUUUGCAUACAUGUUUGAAAAAUUACCCAUAAGUUACCCUGAUAAUAACUGUAACAUCUUAAAGAUGAUCCAGUAUUUUCAUUGCCAACUUGGUCCACAUCAUCUUCCCAAAUAAACCUAUUAACUUUUGCAAUUAACUAUUCAUUAGCUUGAGCAUGCUGUGUGUAACAUGAAGUGGCUAAUGAAAACAGGAGUGUUGAUGGUUUUUGUGAUUUAACUGUAUGUAAAUUGAGUUUUAUAGAAUGUAUGUAUAAAACGUUUGCCCUGAAGGGGCAACAGUAAUGCAUCAUACUUGUAUAACCUACAAUUUAAUAAGUAUGUUGUUGUUGUUGUUGUUUUUUAAACCUAUAAUCCAUACAUUCUCUCCCAAACUUUUCUUCAACUGAAAACGGUUAAAUGUGGUCCAUUUUGUUAAUGUAAACACUGUAAUGUCUUUUUAUUUACAUUAACUUUAAUAAUUGUUCAGAGGCAGCUUGAACAAGUUUCUUAAUAUACAGUUUACUUACAUGGCUUAAAGGAAUAGUUCACCCAAAAAUGAAAAUUAUUGCAUAUUUUACUCACCCCCAUGCAAUCCUAGGUGUACAUGACUUUCUUGUUUUCGACGAACACAGUCUGAGAUUUUUAAAAAUGUAUCCUGGCUCUUUCAAGCAUGGCAAUGCUUGUGGAUAGCAUUAUAUAUAGACAUUAUUUUGAAUCUUUCAAUUAUAUCCAUUGUGAAACUAACUUAUACUUCUUCAGGGGGUUAUCACGUGUCCUCUUAAAGCCGGAACUUGGCAUUCUCAUGGACAAAAAAAUGGAAGUUAUUUAAAAAUUUGAAAACUAGAAAUAGAUUUUUGAACUAUUCCUUUAAACACACAAAUGUCAAAAACAAAUUUUUACAAGAUGGUGAUUGCGGCCAGUUGCAGGAAGUUAUAUUUCCAGUAAGAUCUGGUGAUCACACUCAAAUCUUGUGCACAGACCAUAAUUCUAUUUUUAUUUAUUUAUUAAUGUUUUUUGCAUAUUUUUCAGUUUGUUGAUAAAAGCAUUCUAAAACCAAUACACUGAUGUUAAUUUUUGUUUUGAGCCAAAUAUCUAAGCAUUACCAAGAAGUGCGUUUGAGCCAUUUUCAAUGAGACAUUUUGCAAUAAAAGAUAACAGAUUGAACAA